UAAAACGUGCCAAGCGAGUGCUGCAUGCCGACUUAUACUGUUCGUGCCUUCAGCCAUUCAGACAGCUGCACUGAAGUCGAUCAAGAAGACACAACCGUUAAUGAGCCUCUGAUCCAGACCCGCCGGGACUUGAGCUGCCACCGCUGUGUUGGCUCCACUCAGUGGCCUCUGCUGGCCAUUUAGCGAGGGGAGGGAGAAAAAAAGGUCCUCUCUCCUCAAUUGUGUUGUUAUUGAACGGUGGCGGGAGAGAAGCGGGUCGAUAAGUGGAUCAGAUUUAUUAGCGGUCCAGAUUGGCCACAGCACGCCAAAUGGCAGAGGAGCCACAGUCGGGACUGCACACCGCGCAUUUCAUUUAGCGCAGAGGAGCGCCAGACAGCGUAUCUACAAGUACGGCACAAUUUCAAGUGGAAGGGAGAGUAAACCGUCAGGAUGGAUCUGGUCAAACUUGCAGUGUCUUUCCACAUUCUUGUGUGUGCUGCAUGGGCCCGUCACUCUUACGUGGACAGCGUCCUCUCAGCCCGCUCAGCUCUCAGGUUUCUGGAUGAGCCGUUGACAUUUGACCCCUGCUGUCUCAUGUCACCGCCUCUGCCACCGCUCUUCCCUCCGCCACCUCAGCUGUGGAAGCGGGGCAGCCCCGACGGUAUUAGCGUGUUGGAGCCAAGUGUUGUUGGUGGAGAGGUACAGGAAAAACAAAAACCUGUGAUACCUGGGUGUUCACCUGGACUUCCAGGACCUCCAGGACCCCAGGGCCCAGAGGGUCAGGGUGGAUUACCCGGCAUAAGAGGACCAAAAGGGGAGAAGGGAGAAAUUGGACGUCCAGGGUCAAAGGGUCGUACGGGGGCUCCAGGCCUCCCAGGGAAACCAGGACUACCAGGAUGGCCUGGUCCAGAGGGACCCGAGGGUGAGAAAGGGGAUCCAGGUCUCAUGGGAUUACCAGGACUGAGGGGACCACCAGGGACAAAGGGUAUGCCUGGUUACAAAGGAGAGAAGGGGGUUCAUGGUGACCCUGGAGUAGCAGGACCAAAAGGUGAUAAGGGUUCCAUUGGUUUGCCUGGGAUGCUUGGACAGAAGGGGGUGCAGGGACCAAAGGGAGAGCCAGGACUCACGGGGAGGAGAGGACCUACUGGACGGCCGGGGAAGAGAGGCAAGCAGGGCACAAAGGGCCAUAGUGGAGCCCCUGGAGUCAUGGGCCCUCAAGGACCGUCGGGUCAAAACGGCCAUCCAGGGCCACCCGGUCCACCUGCCUCAGGUCUCUAUGUAGUUGGGGAAAAGGGAGAGACGGGUCCUCCAGGUCCACCGGGUCGCUGUGACUGCGAUUCUACUCUUGGAGCAAAUAACGCUCCUUUUGGAAGCUACACUCAGCGAGGUGGCCUCGAUAAAGUCCCUGCAAUAUUUGUGGUAAACAGUGAGGAGGAGAUGAACCGUCUACGUCUAGACAACGCAAUAGCAUUCAGGAAGGAUCAGAGGGUGCUCUACUUCAAAGAUAAAGAUGGAUGGAGGCCCAUACAGCCCUUCCAGCCGUUCCAGUCCACAGAGAAAGUCCCGGACAGACCUGGUGUGUGUGGAGAUGGAAAGGUGCAGAGCCAGCACGGAGAGGAGUGCGAUGAUGGAAACCAGAUUGUCACUGAUGCUUGUCUCAACUGUAAGUGGGCCUACUGCGGAGACGGCUACCGCCAUGACGGCAUUGAGGAGUGUGAUGGAAAGGACUUUGGUUAUCAGACCUGCAAGUCCUAUCUCCCUGGGUCCUUUGGGCAGCUCAGAUGCACCGACUCCUGCCUCAUUGAUUCCACUGGUUGCAAGUAUUUCACCUGAACAGGAAAGUGGAAAAAUAAUGUCAGAUUGCAACUUUGCAAAUUGUAUUUCUGAUCACAGGGGUUAUACUUCGGAUUUGUACUGAAGUCUCACCCCUUUAAAAAAUAACUGAAGGACCGAGGGAGCGCUCUUGUGCCCGCUCUGAGCCAUGAAAAGUCAUGAGAAUCGGCUUUGAAUCGACUGUCUCCCUCCCGGAGGUUCAACUCUUUUACUGGCCUCAGGGAGCAGCUCCCUGUUACUGUCACUCCAUCGGCUGCAGUACUGUUAUGGACACUGGUGAUUGUGCGGAAUACUUUAAUAAUUUAAUGAUUGUAUCAUAUGAAAUAGUUACAAUGUGUAUGACUUACUGACUGUUAAUGCAGAAAAAUUAUGUAUUCUGUACUUCUUUUGUAAUGAGAGAGAGAAAAUAGCCCAUUCCAAAAGAGGCAAAUAUAUUAUUGAUAAUUUAUAUAUACUGUAGUAUGCAAAUCAGGGUGUGUGUAAAUGUGUUUAUUCCUGUGCAUUGUAUUAGGAAACAUGUAUUUAUGAAGUGCAAUGCUGUGAUAUUGCAUGUAAACGUGUACUCGUGCACUGCUUUAACCAGCGCUGUAGAAGUAAGGCCUUUUGGAAGUGAAUGUCCAAAUACCCGACAGGAGGAAAAACGAAUGUCAUAAUGCAAAAACAAAAAUACCUCUGAUUGUCGCAGCAGCAUGAAGACAACUGCUCAGUUACACCAGAAUGACUCCACAGUGGAUUCAGUAGUGUGAUUAGUGUAUAAUCUGCCUGCAUGACUGUAAAGUUCAUAAAUCACUGAACACUAAUAAAGAUUGGGCUUUUAA